AGGUAGGACUGCUGGCACCUCGCACUGGAGAAGAGAGAGAUCAUCAAAGGGUGCACUUCAUUUUGUAUUCGACUGAGACGAGUGACCGUGCUGUGCUGAAAGACGAGGGGGUGUGGUAAGCUUGAAGUGCUCAGCCCUCCUGGGCAGACUGGCAGUGAUGAGGAUGACUAGUGAUGUGGCCUGGCUGCCCUACCUGCAGCUGCUGUGCAGUAUGUCCGCCCUGUGGGCUUAUCCCUUCAGACCACCUCUGGACCUGGAUGUGAUUCCCAGAACCACUGUCCUCUACACUGGGCUGUGGGGGUGCAGGCGUUUUAGUGACGCAGCUCUGAACUACAGUACCCUGCUGCUGGAGGAGGAGGCUGGUGUGCUGUACGUGGGUGCCAGAGGGUCUCUGUACGCCCUGCACGCGCCCAACAUCUCCGGCUCCAGACGCACCAUUGACUGGGAGGCGCCAGAAGACCAGAAGCAGCUCUGCCUGAACAUUGGGAAAGAUAACAAGACAGAGUGUUUCAAUCACAUCCGAUUCCUGCAGAGGUUCAACAGCACCCACUUGUAUACUUGUGGAACUCAUGCUUUCAGUCCACUAUGUGCAUAUAUUAACAGUGGAGAGUUUAAGAUUUCUUCUGUGUUUGAGGAGGGUCGGGAGAAGUGCCCAUAUGACCCUGCAAAAGGCUACACUGGCCUGAUUGCUGAUGGACAGAUGUACACAGCCUCUCAGUACGAGUUCUGGAGCUCUCCAGACAUUCGCAGGAACUCGCCAAACCCCACACUAAGGACAGAGGAUGCCCCCACUCGCUGGCUUCAUGAGGCGGACUUCGUGGGCUCAGCACUGCUGAGGGAGAGUGUGAACAACUCUGUGGGGGAUGACGACAAGGUGUACUUCUUCUUCACGGAGAAAAGCGAGGAGCACACCCCAUACUUCAGCCACAGCAGGGUGGCGCGCGUGGCCCGCGUGUGUAAGCGGGACCGCGGUGGCCUCCUGACCCUGCAGAAGAAAUGGACGUCGUUCCUGAAGGCUCGUCUGGUGUGCUCGCUGCCUGCCUAUGAGUUCCACUUCAACGUGCUGCGUGGUGUGUUUGUGCUGGACGACACCGGAGCCCAGGAUGCUGUUCUCUACGCCAUCUUUGGACUGGAGUGGAAAAGCAUCAAAGCCUCAGCCAUCUGCCGCUACUCCAUGGCGGAUGUCCGGCAGGCCUUCGAUGGGCCCUAUAUGGAGAGCACAGAGGAUGGCAACCCCAGAAGUGCAGAGUACACAGGGAAGAUACCAGAGCCACGGCCCGGAUCGUGCAUCACUGACCAACUCAGAGCUAGAGGCAUCAACUUCUCCACUGACCUACCGGACGACGUGCUGCACUUUGUCCGUCGCCAUCCUCUUAUGUCCAGGCAGAUCCUCCCUCUGGGACAGCGCCCUCUACUUUUCAAGAGGACAGUGGACUACACUAAGAUAGCUGUGCACCAAGUAGCUGCUCUGGAUGGCCAGAUGUACCACAUGCUCUUCAUUGGCACAGAUGAGGGCUGGCUACAGAGAGCAGUGGAGGUCAAAGGUGCGCUCCACAUUAUCGAAGAGCUGCAGUUGUUUGAAGAGCCGCAGCCUGUGGACAGUAUCGUCAUUUCUCCAAAACAGAUGAGUGUGUAUGUGGGCUCGCCUUCUGCAGUCGUGCAGCUGCCCCUCUCCACAUGCGGCAGGUACAUGUCCUGCACAGACUGUGUGUUAGCACGUGACCCUUUCUGUGCAUGGGACGGGAAGGAAUGUGUGGAGAUCACCUCACACACAGACAGAUCCAGUCUGACUCAAGACAUCCUAAAUGGGAAUGAGGGCUGUGAGGAGUCAGCAGCAGAUGCCCCAUCGCUCCACCGCAUGCGUUACGUGAUGGCUGGGGAUGACGUGUUGCUGCAGUGUGAGCUGGCCUCCAACCUGGCCAGCUCACAGUGGACCCUGCAGGGACAGGAGCUGCAGGGCUACGGCCUCGGCUCCGGCUACCGUAUCGGCACCGACGGCCUGCUGGUGAUCGGGGCUCAGCCAGGGCAGAGCGGAGAAUAUGCCUGCUUCUCCCUAGAGAACGGUGUCCGCGUCCCCGUUGUCGUUUACGCCCUGACCGUGAAGCAAGACCCGCGCGCAGAGCCUCCCGUCAAGGCAACCCUCCUGCCCCCAUACACCAGCCCUGCCCCCCAGAGCCCACACCCUGCUCCUAUCCCCCUGCCCCCAAACUUGGAGUUCCUGUCCCUGAGGAACAUGGAAGCCAUGUACCUUUCUCUGAUUACUAUCCUGGGCGGAUUGUGCCUGGUGCUGACUGUUGUCCUGCUCUACGUGGGUUUCUGUGUGCAGGGCAGGCGGGGGAAGUACUCCCUCCGUGCUGCCGCCCGGGCUGACCGGAAGAAGAACACCCACAUGGAGCUGAAGACCAUUUCCAGCCACUGCAACGGGAAGGUGGACACGCACGAUGGCCUGCUGCACAUCGUGCCUGGGGAGGCCCAGCUUCCUCCUGCACCUCCCCUCCCGCCGCCUCUCCCCAACUCUGAGACUGAAUACACCAACGGUCUCUCAGCCACCCUGCCCAGCGUCUUACGCAAAAUGAAUGGAAAUAGUUAUGUGUUACUUAGGCAAAGUGAUGGAGACACAAUAUCUCCUCUGUACUACUCUUUCACUGAAGAGCUCAACCGGAUCCUAGAGAAAAGGAAGCACAUGCAGCUGUGUAGCAAACCUGACGAGAGCUCAGUAUAAAGCUACAGGAACAAUAUAGCUCCCAUUGUUGUGCGGUGAUUUAACGACAAGUAUGUGCUAAAAUGUCAGAGAGCAGUUUGAUUCCUUUAAAGCCCUGACUGCACUGUAAGUGAAAUGGAAAAUAGAUUGACUGAUGAAGUCGUCUCUUGUCAAACAAUAUAGCAAACCAGAGCUAUUUAGAGCUAAAAGAAUAGUCACUGAGCAUGAAAACUCAAGAACAGUGAAACACACAAUGGAUAAUCUACCUCUGAAAAACACUGGAGAAAUGUUAGCUAUGGUGGGAUCCACUGGUAAGGGGAAAUGGUCAGAGCAAAGCCACAGCAGCAGACACUUUAUCAGAGAGCUCGGUCUCUAUGGUGACAGCGUCGUGUGACAGCCAAAGGCCUGCACUGCAGCAUAUGGCCUCGCCGAAGUGAACUUCUCAUCAUGUAAAGGGACUGCUCUCUGGAUAGACACAUUUACAUGUACAUUUGAUUUGGACAUGACUGCUUUCGAGCAAUACUGCUGAAAUGCACUAAAUGUCGAGUUUCUCUUGUUGUGUAGUUCUAUUUUCUUGUUGAUGCUGACCACAGUAAUCUGAACUAACAAAUCUGCACCAUUUAAUGCAGAAUGGAAGCUUUUUAUUAGCCUGUUUCAUAAAAUGUGAGAACAACAGUAUUUACUACUUGGAUGCACUUUAGGAGCAGUGAGCAUGUGUUAUGAAUGAUGCCUGUUCUCAGAGAAUGUUAAGGGUGAGAAAGGAAGCUCUGGAUCCAGGAUGAAAUGCUGAUCUGUCCCACAUUGGGUCAAAGUUUAAAGUGGUUUAAUAAUCACUAGAUGAAUUUGAUGACACCACAUCCUACAGCUGAGAAACUUAAAUCCUAGACAAAAUGAAACAUACCAGUAAAUCAUGAUCCUUCCGCGUUAGUGGUUCAGAUCCACUCUGUUUUGAAGAAUUGGCUUAUGACUGAGUCAGCAUUGUCAAAACCAGACAAUGUUAAUCAGACAAUAGUUCCCUGCUGACUUCACUGGAUCUCCAGAAACUCUCACCUGCCAAUUCACCAUGGCAACAAAGGUAAACUGCUCUUGACCUUCUGAGAUUAUCCUCUUUACUCGCCCAAUUACAGCCACCUCUUCCAGGAAUCAGAUGAUAAAAACAACGGUGACAAAUUGGGCUUAUAUGGCCAGGAUUUGUGGGUAAUAAUGGGUAAAGUAGUGAGAGGCAUAUACUCGUACUAUAAUAUAUGAUUAAAAGACAGUUUCAGUAUUCUCUUGAUCAUAUUUUAUAAAUGUUUCUGGAUGAAGCCCAUGUUGGGCUCUGUGAGGUCACACUGAUCAGUAUCACAGUGUUUUUAUGGAGAGAAGGGCUCUGUCUGAAUGCAGAGUGCAGUGAAGCUAAGCACAAAACAUCAGGGCCACAUGUUCACCAAACAAACGAGAUGGGCUGUGCUGAUAAAUAGAUCAGCUCUCACUUGCUCUCGCACGCUCUCUCUAUCUCUCACCUUCAUCCCAUCCAUUCUCACUCCAGCUUCUCAUGAGCUAUAGUCACAUCUUCCCUUCACUUGCUGCAUCUCCAGCUCACUCCUCCCACUUGCCCUCUCACCCCUCCUUUCCACACUAGUCAUGUGACUGGUUGUUCUAAUGUGUGUGCACACCCUACUCUGAUGCUGUAAUGAGGGGGGCAGACAUUUACAUGCCUGUCUGCCCUCUCCUCUCCCCCGAGGGCCGUUGAGACCCCUGAUAACAGCCAGCUCAGACAGCACGUGAGAUGAACUCAAGUCCCUGCCCGCAUGCUCUCGGUCCCUCUGGCCCAGCUCGCUAGGAAGAGUCUGACGUGUGAGAUUGCAUCUGGCAUGCUGAGGCAGGUUUGGGGCAGAGAUCCCUCUUGAAUGUGGGCUUAAUUCAAAGGUGAGGCAGGGGAAACCGCACACGGCAUCAGAGAGAAUGGAGAUCAAAGGAGAGGCUGGCGACUGAAUGUAAAUGAAACCGAGAAAUAAUGGUUAGGCCCAUUCAUCUUUAGUUUGUUGCUAAACACGUUUAGAAGUGGUGCAUUUUGUUUAGUUAAAGGCAUGAGGGAUGAAAUCACUGUGCUUGGGAGAGUCAACUAGCUGCAUAUGUGUGACUGUGGAACAUUAUCACACAGAUCGCAUUACAGGGCUUCUUUAAGGGAUUGCAUUUUUCUCUGCUUAUGUGCAUAACCAUAAGAUAAUGUUUUACAUAUGAUAUUUAUGGGCUUAUUUGUUUUGUUUUGGUUUUUUUAAUGCUUCACCUCAUGUGCUGUUUUGAAAUAAUUUGCCAUCAAACCAGGUUUGGCUCUGAGCAGAGGGUUAGCAGUUCCUUUAAAGUAAUGAUCAUAGGGUACUGAUUCAUCAUACAAGCACAAUUUAAUUUGAUUUGUUUUGUUGUUGUUUUUUAAAUUGACAUUGAGUAAAGAGUUGGGAGAUGUACUCCCUGAAGGUUUCAACUCCCAUGCCCUGUGUAGUGUACCAGAGAAAAGUCUCUGAAGAGUCUCUGUUUGACAUCUAUGCAUCUCCACAUCAGAUGUCAGUAGUGCGGCAGUAUUUAUUUCAGAUGAUUGUACAGUCUUGAUCUUAAUAUUUAUAUUAUCUGAGUUUUGUUCAUGAUGCAUGCAUAAGCAUGUUAUUUUUUAAAUUCUCUAACACAAAAUAUCAAUCUCAUAAAAUGAUCCAGUUACUUUCAGUGCUUGUAGCUUUAAUCUAUACACCUGCACUAAAACUCUAUUUAUGAAGAACAAACUGUACAUUCUGAAAACCUCCUCAGAGCUUCUGUGCUAAACAGACUGCAUUUCCCAGUCACUUGAGAACAUGGUUGUCUGCUUCUAAAGUGGUGGGCAGCAGUGUGUAGGCAGCCUCUGGCCUGCAUGUAAUGAAGCCAUUCAGACAGGCCUGUCGCCAUGAUGAAACAGGCUGAGAGAAAUUAUUGUCACCCUGUGCUGUGUGUUCCAACAUGCCUGGGCUCAACUGCAUAGAGUAAAUAUGUAUGUGAAUGUGACUCCAUUAAUCCGCUUAGUAUGGAGUGUGGCUUAUUGUUUUAUUGCUAAUAACACUACUAAUACUUUUGGGUCAUAUUGGCAUAAAGGAUGAUGGAUAAGGCAUGUUUCCUAGGUUUCUCAGUCUGCAGAACACUGUGUCCUGUUGUUAAAGCUCAACCUUUGGGCAUGUUUACUUUUCACAUCAGUUAAUCUCAAUCCCAAUCAACAAUGUUGAUGCCUGCACAAGAGCUGCGUUAGGCUCUUGUAUGGAUAUUGCGUCAUGCUUGUUUUUUGCUUCAGGAAUAACAACAACAAAAUGUAAGUAUUUUCUAAGCAAGUGAAACCUCACCAUGUCCAUGGAAUUGCCUUUGGGCUCUGAAUCACCUGUGCAAUGCCUAUUGAAUUAGCUUACCUCUGAUUUAAACAGAAAUGCUGUUGGCUUAAAGGGCUGCCCUGUGCAAGACUUUAAGACUUGCCAAGAGUACACAGCACUGAAGCUGAGGGAGUAAUAUAGGACGUCUAAGGAAAUAGAGCUGGAAGAGGUUGGUCUGCUCACUUUUUUGCCAGUGCGUUAAAUCGCUUCUGUUUGCUCCCUGCAGAGUUGAACUCUCUCUACAUCUGGCGGAACAAUCUGCUCUCUCCCCUGCACACUGCUGGGCAUGUGUGUCAGUUACAUACUGCCCAAUGUUUUUGCUUUGUUUUUUCCUCAUCUGCCAGCAUGUAAAAGUACAACACGUAAAGUUCUUGAAUUAACGAAGUCACUCUUUCAUAAGCUGGUAUUGCUCAGACUCCUACACAUGCUAUUAAACACAACUUACUGUUGGAUCGAUGCUCAUUUCUGGAGCUUCAGCUGGUGGUGUGAUGUAAGAACAGGAGCUAGUAGAGCAUUAUCACACCAUCAAACUUCACCCUGCUCUCUCUCUCGGUGUCCCACAGGGCCAGGAGUGACUGAGCCUGGCACUGGUGAAAACCUCUCUGAGAACUUAAGGCACUAAAACUAUAGUGAAGUUGAUUCUAAUUAGUAAGUAGUCAUGGGUUAUCUUUGUGUAAAGCUGUAAUCAGCUGGGCUCAUGAAAGCUCACAGAGAGAAGCACAGCCUUCACUCAUGAGUGAGAAAUCUAGUUUCAGUAGUACCUUUGUAGGGUGAGGCACUGAGAUUCAGGCUUGUAGUUCCAUGUCCAUAUUUAACAAGGUGGUCUCUGUGAAAAAAUCAUGGGCUGUCACAGCUGUCAGUCAAAUUAUUAUUACCUAUUAACUGGAUGUGAGGGCAUGUGCUGUCUGUUCCCGAGGGAGUUCUGGAUAAACAAAUCCGCCACAGAAUUUAUGCCAUCACAGGGAUGUUUGAGCUCAGUAAAGUCUGCUCCGCGCAGGACUCAGGAAGUCAGUGCUGACGUGAGCUCUGCCACGUCUCUCUCUUUUUCUGUCUUUUUUUCAAAGCUUUCCAGGCUCCCGAAUGUGAGUCACACUAGCAACCUCCACUCAUUUCCAUGUAGUGGCCUCUAUGUCCACAGGGCUUUGUGAAGUUCUCUUGGGACUGUUUAAGGUCACGGUCCAGUGGUGAGUGGCAGAGGGCUCGAGUCCUCCCACACCAUGCUGAAAUGUCACAGACGCAUCACCUCCUCGACUAUCAGCUGCUAAUUUGGUUGUGAGGGGUCCUGCUGUGCAGUGCAAGAGGAUUCAGGGCUACCUUGCUGUGACAGGCAAAACACACACGGAAGGGAACCGCAGAGACUUAUAUAGUACAUACUUGUUGCUAAGCAACCUCCCUCCAAAAAAAAAAAAAAAAACCCCUCAAACUCUCCUCAUUUAGAUUUGUACUGUAGAUGUCCAGACCCUGCUGGGCCCUGUAGGACUGGGGUGACUGAAGGGCAGUCUGGAGCAGACCUUUACGUCCACUGCUCUAGGACCAGAUCUAGGACACUCCGGAGCUGUAAAACAUAGUGGGCACUGUGCUUCUUCUAAUCCCACACUGAUAUUUUCUGUACCUUUUUCAUUGUCCGUAAACCCUCCUUUGUUACCAUGGGCAAUAAAGAAACAAAGUGUGACAUUUUCCAUUGCAACCAGCCAAACAGAUGGAGCUUGCAUGCGAAAGGCUGCUCACUCUUGUCACUUCUGUUUGACAGUUGAAAUCUUUUACCUGCCA